GGCGCCCGUUUAAUGUUUUGUUUUUAUCUGGGGGAGGAACGGGGGUGUGUCUUUACCGUAUGUAUGAGUCAGGAAGCACUUUUUUAUACUGAACUUCGCACAAUAGAUUUAUGUCUUCGUUAGUGGCAUUUUCUUAAAAUCUAAACGCGUCUCUGGACUCACGACACGGUAGCAUCAUGACAGUGUUUGAAAACUGUACUGUGGUGGUAGAUGUGAAGAAUGUGCCUUAUAAAGAGAAGAAGAAGCUGAAAUUAGCUCUUCUGGAUAAUGGAGGAAACAUCUCCUAUGUCAUCAACAGAGAGUGCUCUUUUGUAGUCACCAGCAGUGUGAAUGACCUGAGCAGUAACCGGCAGCGCAGCAUCCAGAAGCUCCAGAUCCCAGUGGUUGGGAUCCAGUAUGUGUGGAGCUGUCUGGAUGAAGGGCAUCUCCUGCCUUUGCAGGAGCAUAAUCUGGCCCCACAGCUGGCUUAUCCCACUUCUGAAUUCAUCUCUCAUCCAGUGUCGACACUGAUACUAAAAAAAGAGAAGCUCAAAGGUCAGUCUGAACUCCCAAAGACUGAGAUUGAGACUCUUGGGAAGGAUGGGCCCCAUCUCGGCAGGUUCAGAGUUUACAAAGAAGGCGACCGUGACCUGCCUGAAUUUCCUUCACAUUUUCAAGUGGCCAAGUAUUCAGUUUUUGAGAGGGUCAAACCCAAGACUUUGUCUGUUUUGGAGCUGCAGAGUGCCAGAGGACGAGCAGGCCGGCAGUAUCGUGUGUUGUGUUCAAUCUUGAGUGAAACUGAGAGCGCAGUGGUGCAGGACAAGAUUGUGUACUGUGUGACGUCUGAGGAUGCUGUGGAAGCGUAUCUGCUGUUGAUGAAGGAGAUGGAGACACAAGGAUUCACAAAGACACGCACGCUUCCUCCUGAGGUUGAACGCUUGGCGUCCUGCAGCCUGCAGCAGCUUCUGUUGGAGGAGAAGCUGAACUGCAGCACAUUAUCACAGGAAGUUGGCUUCUUUGUGGAGCUGGUUUGGACCGAAGCUCUCGGUUCCCUUAGUAACAUCCUGACAGUCCCCGUCUCCAGUAUCAGCCUUAAUGAUGUGAGCAGGGUGGAGGGAUUGUUACUGCAGGCACAAAAGACUCAGAAAGAGGAUGAAGUCAAGGCCCUGCUAGAGGAGGUCAACACUCUUCUGCCCCUCAAAAUGAUCGACCCUCCUUCCAAACACAAGCUUGUGUCUCAGAAACUAGACCUUUGUCAGCUGAUCAGAGACAUUCUGAAUGUGAGUGAAGCCACUCUGGGAAGCCCCUCGCCCUCAUCUCUGGGAAAGUAUCGAGCUCUGAGGUGCAGCAUUGAGGUUGUUCCGCCACAAAACCCUGAGUUUCAUGUUGUCUCUCAACUGCUUCAGGACAGGCCUGUUCAGAUUCAGCAGAUUCUGCGUGUAAGCAGAGGGGUGGAGCUUCAGAUGUUUUGGGAGGAUUUAGGCAACGUUAAGCCCCUCCUUCACUCCACUAGUCCCAGUAGUUUUGUUGGAAUACUGUCACGAGGUCUGCUGCUGCCCAGGGUUGGAGUCGAACAGCAUGGAAUUGAGAGGACGGAUAUCGGGAAUCUUGGAGGAGGAAUCUACUUCAGUAACUCUCUAAAGACCAGUGUGAAAUACUCCAAGCCCAGUGUAACUGACGGCUCUCGGCUGCUGUUGGUGUGUGAAGUGGCGCUGGGUCGCUGCAAAGACCUGCUGAAGAAAGACGCCACUUUGACCUGCGCCCCUGACGGCUACCACAGCGUACAUGGAGUCCGCCGCACCCCCAACAGACUCUCUGAAUUUGAGGAUGAUGAGUUUGUCGUCUAUAACACAGAGCAGAUCAGACUGAAGUAUGUGGUUCAGUACACUCUGGAGGGGGACGAGCUAAAAGAGUUCCAGCCUCAAAUCAACACCUUUGCGGAGCUCACACAGCUCGCUGACACGUCUGACGUCUUGUCCAGUGAUGACAGUGAGGGUUUGGAGUCCACUAAGAACCCUCUAGAGGAGAUGACUGCAGGUUUGUUGGACAGCAGUGGUCAGAAACUUCCUCUUCAGGCUGUCAAUGUGAGGUGCAAGCUGAUGGACCUACUGUGUCAGGUCAUCAUUUUUCAGACCUACACAAACAACAGUGCUGUUCCCAUUGAAGCAAAGUACGUCUUUCCACUGGAGGAGACGGCAGCAGUGUGUGGAUUUGAAGCCUUUAUCAAUGGAAAACACGUCAUUGGAAAGGUAAAGGAAAAAGAACAGGCUCGUAAGGAGUACAAGCAAGCCAUAGAGAAAGGCCAUGGAGCCUACCUGAUGGACCAGGAUGCACCGGAUGUAUUUACUAUCAGCGUGGGGAACCUUCCUCCCGGAGCCACAGUUUUGAUCAAGGUGACGUUCAUCACUGAGCUGGUGGUGAGAUCAGGCUCUAUAGUCUUCUCAUUGGCUGGCAGCGUGGCACCAUGGCAACAGAGCGCCGCCCUUAAUCAGACGACUCAGGCAACUGUUGAAAAGAUCGGUGUGACGGAGCUUCAGUCAGAGGGGGAGUUUUCUCUGUCUAUGUCCAUUGAAAUGCCUUACGAGAUCAUCAACUUGAGCUCUUCACACCGCAUCAAAACCAAGAUGACAGACUGUAAGGCAGUGAUCAGCACGUUACCGGGACAGACUCUUGGAUCUGAAGGGUUACAGGUGUCCUUCAGUCUUUCUAAUAUCCACAUGCCCAGGAUGUGGGUCGAGAACCAUCCGGAUAAAGAUAGUCAGGCCUGCAUGCUGGUGUUUUAUCCAGACUUUAAGUCAAGCGGGGUGUCCAGCUCUGGAGGUCCAUCCAGUGUGAGCGAUGUGGUCAUCCUACUAGACUCCUCCAAGUCCAUGCGGGGAGACGCCAUGCUGAACGCCCGCAGGAUUGCCCUUCAAGUCCUCAAAUCUCUGGACCGCUCACUGAAGAUCAACAUCAUCUCUUUCAGCACUGAUUGCAAAGAAGCUUUUCCUGCACCAGUGCCUUUAGAUGAAGCAUCUGAACCAGCCAGAGAAUUUAUUAAGUCCUGUAGUGGUGCUGGUGGCGGCACUGAGCUGUGGUGGCCUCUCCGGAGCCUGAGCCUGCUGCCUCCCUGCCGGGGUGUGAGGAACAUCCUGCUGCUCUCUGAUGGACAUGUUCAGAAUCAGCCUCUGACCCUACAGCUGGUCCGAGAAAACUCCUGCCACACGCGCCUCUUCACCUGCGGACUCAGCUUGACAGCUAAUCGUCAUAUGCUCAGAGCUUUGGCUCAAGCAGGUGGAGGAACAUAUGAAUUUUUUGACACCAAGAUGAAACACACUUGGGCAGAGAAGGUGCGCGCUCAGGUUCAACGUAUGGAGUCUCCAGGCUGCAGAUCAGUGGCAGUGAAGUGGCAGCAGUUUAAUCCCACAGCGCCCCCUCCUGUUCAAGCCCCCUCACAGCUUCACGCCCUCUUCAGUGACUGUCACACUCUCAUAUACGGCUUUGUGCCGCACUGCACUAAGGCCACACUGUUUGGUGAUUUGAGUGGGAAUGAGAUCAAAACAAUGGUUUCCACCACAGAACUACAAAAGACGAAAGGAACUUUCCUUCACAAGUUAACAGCAAGAGCGAUCAUCAGAGAUUAUGAAGAUGGCAUUCUAGGCAACAGUGAGGCAGAACAUGAGGGGAAGAAAGCAGAGCUGAAGUCCUACAUCAUUGAGCUCAGUAAAGAGUUCUCCAUCUUGUCCCAGUUCACAAGCUUUGUCGCCAUUGAAGAGAGGGACCAGAAUGAGCUUGACACUGGAUUGACAGAUAUUCCUAAACUCAUUUCAGAGGAGGAUGUGGAUAUUUUGCCAUAUAUGGGCUGGACUGAAGAUGAUGAAGAAGAUGAAGGAGAUGACAUAUGGAUGGAUUCAAGGGAAUUGUCCAGUAGCUGCUCCAGAUCUCCUGAUCUGCUGGGUUAUGCUUAUAUAGAAGCAGCAUUAGAUGAUGAUGAAGAUGAUUCUGGGGAUGACUAUGACAAAUAUGAUGAUUGUUUAGAUCAAAAAAUGGAUGUUGAUAUUUUUGAGUCAGUGAAACCUUCUUCUCCUCCUUCUGGUGGUGUCAUCAUGAGUGACAGGUUUCCUCCUCUUACUGCCACCCAAGUUGCCACCUCAAUGCCUUUUCACUAUGAAUUUCCCUGUUCCUCAUUGGAAUCUUACUCCUCAAAUUACAGCCUUGAAUCCCAGACAGACACGACUCCUGUAGUUGCCUCAGUUGGUGCUCCCCUUCCUUAUCACGUUCAUGUCAUUCGUGGGUCAAUGGAACCUCGCUCCCUCACUAACUGGAUUUCUUCUCAACCUCCUUCUGUUGAUUCCAGAUAUGAGUCCAUAUCUAACUCCGUGACUGACAAGCUUCCCCCUCCACCUCCCCCUGCUGCCUCAGUGCCUCCUCCCCAUCUUAAUUCUGCAUCAGCGGAAUCUCGUUCCAUAGAAUGCAGCCUUGCUUCCUUUAGCAGCAUGAGUGGAACUUCUGCCCUUCGCCGUGCCCCAGCACCCGAGCUUAACACCUCAACUUCUCUCUUUGGAGGUUCUCUUCCGCCUUUUAAUCUUGCAACUAUGUCGUACUUGUCUCGCAGCUCUGCUCCUCCAUCUUUUUUUAGCACGGUGGGCGCAUCUUUUUCAACAAAUGAAACUCCUGCCCUUCGCUGUUUCUCAGAGAUUGAGUGUGCCACCACAACUCCUGACUUUGCAGGUCGUCCUCUUCCUCCUCGUUUUGCAUCUAAGCAGUACUCGUACAAUCUAAACAGUACCAGCCUUACUCCUCCUCUUACUGAUUUUGGAAGGGUGGACAAAUCUUUUCAAGGAGUAGCAAGGCUGCUGACCCUGCUGUCUUUGGUCUUCCCAUAAUAUAUACGUCGCUCUCUCCCCCUGCAUCUGGUGGCAUUGGUGGUUUCCUCCAAAGUACAAAUGAGCCUUUGGGCCUUUUUGGUUCCUCAUCCUCUGGACUUUUUGAAGCAUCUCAUCGACAAUGGCCACAACAAGCAGCACAAAAACAAGUACAAAGACAAAACCUACCACAGUCAUUAGACACUGCAGCUUCAGUACGAUGUAAGUUGGCUCACAUUGAUAAAGUUUCCUCUGUGAUCAAUGUUGAUAUGGAGGAAAAAAAAAUUUCUAUCC